AUGGGAGACAACCAAGACACCUCUCGACCGGCCGUGAUCCUGCCCGCCGCGGAUCCGGCCAAGAUCUUUCGACCGGACAUUUUCAAGGGCAAAGUGCUCUUCUGCACGGGCGGCGGAUCUGGUAUCUGCUACGAGAUGACCAAGACCAUCAUGUCCUUUGGCGCCAACGCGGCCAUCCUGGGACGCAAAGCGGACCGCCUCGCCAAAGCCUCGCAGGAGCUCUCUUCUGCAACUGGCCAGCAAUGCUUGCCCUGCCCUGCGGACGUUCGAGAGCCCGAGCAGCUCAAGGAAGCCGCACGCAAGACGAUUGAGAAGUUCGGUCGCAUCGACUUUGUCAUUGCCGGUUCCGCGGCCAACUGGCUGGCCGGUAUCGAGCAGAACAACGAAAAGGGUUUCAAGACGGUCAUUGACAUUGAUCUGAUCGGAUCGUACAACACGGUCAAGGCGACACUCGAGGAGGUGACGAAGAACAAAGGCAGCUACAUCUUCAUCUCGGCUACGCUGCACUACUUUGGUCUGCCUUUCCAGUCGCACGCUUCUGCGGCCAAGGCGGGCGUCGACGCUCUGAGCAGGGUGUUGGCGGUCGAGAUGGGACCCUUGGGUGUGAGGAGCAACGUCAUCGCUCCCGGACCCAUCGGCGGUACCGAAGGGAUGGACAGGCUGGCUCCCAAGGGUGCAAUGGAUGCAGUGGCCGAGACAUUGCCCAUGCAGAGAAUGGGCAGCAAGAGCGACAUCGCUGCUGCUGGCGUGUACCUCUUCAGCGACGCGGCGACCUACGUGACUGGUACCCAGAUGGUGGUCGAUGGAGGAGCUUGGCACACUCAAGGACCUAUGCUGCCGUACCCGACCACGAGUCUGGACCCCAAGAGUUUGAGCUCGAUCGUUGCUGGCUCUCGUCUUUAG